CUUUUCCAGCCCUGGUCGCAAUCAGCUGCUAGGUUCUGAAAAAAAAAUCCUAAAGCGAAUGUUUGUUGAUUAAUACAAAUUAGUUGACUUUAAAGAUGGAUUAUAAUAUACAUAAAAUAUGUCGCGUAUGCCUGGAGGAAUUACAUCCGGUGACAUCGAUUUAUAGCACAGACUUCGCCAUGAUGCCCUCCGUAAUGCUGAUGCAAUGUGCCAAAAUAAGAGUUUUCAAAACAGAUGGCUUGCCUUCGGUCAUUUGCAACAACUGCAUCUAUCGCCUGGGUGUCGCCUUCCACUUCAAACAGGAAUGCGAAAAUAGCGACCUUCGGCUCCGGCAAUAUCUGGGCAUCCUUGAGACCUGGCGCCAAGAUGCGGCAACCAACACGGACUUUGCCGAAAAGCCCUCGCUACCGCACCCUGAUAGCGAUGAGGAGGAGCCGGUGGACUCCAAAGUGAGUAAAAGGCGAUCCCGCUAUCAAAGAAAACCGCCAGAGGAGCACAAGAAACGGGGGCCCAAACCACUGCCUAAGAUGCCUCACACCUGCUACGAAUGCCACAAGAGCUUUAAGUGCAUCGCCCAACUAACGCAGCAUAUAAGAACACAUACGGGUGAAAAACCGUAUCAGUGCAGCUUCUGCAUCCAACGAUUCGCUCAGAAGUAUAACUUGAAAGUACACGAAAGGACUCACACGGGAGACAAGCCUUUUCAAUGUGAAAUUUGCUCCAAACAGUUCUCGGCCCUGGGCAAUUUUCAAGCGCAUCAGAAGAUACAUUUAGGGGUAAGGGAUCAAAUAUGCACGGUCUGUCAGAAAGGUUUUUAUACAGCCGGCGAUCUAUCCAAACACAUGCUAACCCAUACGGGCAUCAAAAACCACCAUUGCGAUGUGUGUGGCAAAGCGUUCAGCAGGCGAAGAGACAUGCGAUCUCAUAAACUGAAACUCCAUCCUCUGGAAUCUAGUACGAGUCACGAUAUAGUGGACGAUGAUGAUGACGAGCCCAUAGACACCGAUCCCGUGGGUCUGGACACCCUGGAUCAGGCCCACUUUAAGUGCCCGGAUUGCGACAAGGCUUUCGAUACGGCGGACAAUCUCAGCCUACAUUUUCGCACACAUGCGGUAAAUAAUAAUCUGCUGAAUCUGCCGCUACCACCUGCACCACCUAUGUCGCAUCACUAUCAUCACGAUGCACUGCAUCAUCUGGGGCCUCCAAAUCCUGCCACCCAAAUGGGAAUGGCUGCAAUGGCUCACAUGCUGGCACCACCGCCUCCUCCACCACCCACACCCAGCGAAGGACGCUAUACGAUGCUUCACCAUACAGCGGCUCAAAGAUUGCAUUACUAAAGAAUUAGAGAAAAAUAAUGUUAAGAAACUUAUACAAAUAUUAUUAAUUUAAAGCUUACAACAUAUAAAUCUACAACUAUUUUAUCCCAAAAUAAAAGUAACUCUUUGGACAUAAGUUUGUAAGGAAGUGAAGGACACAAUUAA